ACGCCGCUUUCAGGCAUCUGCUUAGGUCAUGCCUAUGGGACCUAAGGGGGCUUUGUAAGGCAACCAAAGCAGUUGAGAGUUCAUCCGCAACUUCGAAGAUGCCGCCCAAAGGAAAAAGCGGUUCUGGAAAAGGGGGGAAAGGAGGAGCAGCCUCUGGGAGUGACAGUGCUGAUAAGAAGACUCAAGGUCCCAAGGGAGGUGGCAAUGCAGUAAAGGUCAGACACAUUCUAUGUGAAAAACAUGGGAAAAUCAUGGAAGCCAUGGAAAAACUAAAGUCUGGAAUGCGAUUCAAUGAAGUGGCCACACAAUAUAGUGAAGAUAAAGCCAGGCAAGGGGGCGACUUGGGUUGGAUGACCAGAGGGUCCAUGGUGGGACCAUUUCAAGAAGCAGCAUUUGCCUUGCCUGUAAGUGGGCUGGAUAAGCCUGUGUUUACAGACCCUCCAGUUAAGACAAAAUUUGGAUAUCAUAUUAUUAUGGUUGAAGGGAAAAAAUAAAAUUGUAUGAAAGAUUGAAUAUGUUCU